AUGUGUCGAUUAGAUGCUGACGGUUCUGCUACCUUCUCCGUUCAAGGAAGUGGGUCUCGCAGUACAACUGCAUUCGACAAAGCUGCCGAUAGUAGACCAAGCUUCCUUUCUGGUGGCAACAACGACACUACUUCCAUUUCGACGUCGAAUCGAAAUGAUGAUACAAGCUCAAACACCACCGAUUCUUCUCAAGGACGUAAACACAGCGAGCUCGAUACCAAAAUGUCUCAGCUCGGAUUAUACGGACGCCAGAAGGAAACAGGGACGAUUCGAAAAUGCCUUGAAGACCUGAUGACCACCGGGGAAAACAAGCUCGUUUACAUUUCAGGACUCUCAGGAACUGGUAAGACAGCCCUUGCUGCCACUGUUGCUGAUUCCGUGGUCAUGAAGAAUGGAAUCUUCGCCAUGGGCAAAUUCGAUCAGAAGCUGCGUGAUGAGCCGUAUGCUGGUAUUGCAGCAGCUGGACGUCACAUCUGCGGCGAAAUACUGCAUCGUAAGAACUCAUCCGAGCACAUGGAUUUUGAAGACGUUCGCAAGAUGAUCAUCAAGAAUGUGGGAUCAGAGUUGUCCACACUCGCCAUGAUCCUUCCCGAGAUCGAAGACAUUGUUGGUUCGUCUGAUCUCUUGGCGCAAGACAAUAUCGCCGGUGGCGACUAUGGAUCCAACAAGGAACGUCUCAACAAUGCCAUCCGUACCUUCUUUCGAACUGUUGCAACCUUCUUCAAGCCUCUUGUGAUGGUGUUGGAUGACAUCCAGUGGGCCGAUCUACCGUCCAUCAACCUGAUGCAGGUAUUGAUGACGGACGAAUCCAGCUCCAACUUUAUGCUCAUUGCCCUGUAUCGAUCGAACGAAGUCGACGAGACACACGUCGUGACCAAGAUGAUGAAGACUCUUGACGAGAAGGAGAAGGAGUUUGACUUUGACACCACGAAAAUCGAAGUUGGUGAUCUCAAAAUGGAACAAGUCGAUGAGAUCUUGGUCGAGCUUUUGCAGCUGCCAAGCUAUCGAACUGCCGACUUGUCAGAGAUCAUCCACCGCAGGACAGGAGGCAACGCUUUCUUUGUGCUGAAUUUCAUCGACAUGCUCAAGAAUCAGCGCCUUGUGGUAUACUCGACGGUGGAAAAGUGUUGGGUAUGGGACGAAACCGAGAUUGAGCUGGAAACCAUCGCCACUGACAACGUUGUGGACAUUUUGAAACAUCGGAUGAAGAAUCUACCGAAGCAAAUGCAAGAAGUACUUCAACUCGCAGCAUGUCUUGGUGCUAGCUUUCAAGAAAGUGUCCUAUCCAAGGUUGCCAAUGACUACUUUUCACGCCAGCCUAAUGCUCCCAAUGCAGACCGACUGUCAAAAUGGUUGACGAAAGCCAUUGAGGAAGGUUUCGUCAAGAUGGAUAAUGUUGGAUAUCGCUGGAUUCACGACAAGGUCCAAGAAGCAGCUCUUUCCAUCGCAAGUGGUACUGAUCUCACCAAGAUGCGCUUCCAAGUUGGUACUAUCUUGCUCCGUCGGCUUUCAAGACAAGAAAUGGACCAGGCUUUGUUCGUUGUGGUCAAUCUACUGAAUGUUGGCAUCGGAACGGAAGUGUCGCUUGAGUCAGCUGUCUCUUUUGCCGAGCUCAAUCUGCGGGCAGCUCAGCGAGCCAUGAGGUUAUCGGGGUUCGAGAUUGCCGCUAGCUAUGGAGAUGUCGCUAUUGGACUUCUUCCCGAAGGUCACUGGCAGUCACAAUACAAGUUGUCCUUGAAGCUCCAUACUUUAGCAAUUCAAGCACAUGGAGUCCUCGGCAAUGUUGAAACGAUGCAGACUUUGUACGAGGAAGUACUGGGACAGCCUGACGUUCUGCUGAACGAUCGGCUCCCGCUGCACCAUGCGAUGCUCGAGUCUCUGUCCGGCCGGGAUCCACAAGCCGCAAAAGAGCUUGCCAACGAAGUGUUGGAGCAAUUGAAUCACCCUCUGAUGAAAAGUGGGAGAAAGCUGUCCAUCUUCAAGCGCUUCAACGUUAUCAAAGCGUACGACAGGAACUUGAAUCCAGACAUGGCGUCCACGCUUCCAGUCAUGACUGACAAAAAUGCACUAUCAGCAAUGAAAAUUCUGUCAUCCGUGCUGGUUUUGACCUACGUGACGAACAAGGCCGAGCUUCCAGUUGUAACUUCAAAGAUGGCGUCACUUGUGAAUACCUUUGGAGUAUGCGACGAGGCUGCCAACGCCUAUUGUUAUCGAGGAUCUUUCGCCAGCAACCUCAGGGUAGUCGAUGCGCACGCUAAGUUUGCUAAAGUAAUCAUGGAUCGCUCGAAGGAUCGCUACUCCAAGGCAGCAUCCAAGAUGUACAUAUUUUGUCUGAUGAGUCAUACUCGUGAUAUUCGUUGGGUCCAGAAGGGAUACGAGGAGAACUAUCACUACAGUCUGCAGGUUGGUGAUAUUCAAAUGGCGUUGUACUCUUUCAUGCACGUGCUAUAUUAUGCUCUUGUCAGCGGGCAUUCUCUCGAGUCUACGUCAGCUGAGGCGCGACACACCAUUCGAAGUCUUCAGCGAAUGAAUCGCGGAUGGCAGGUUGGUCUGAUGACGAUUUUGUGGCAAGGAGUAUUGAACAUGCGGGGUCAAUCUGAAGACCCAUUUGUGCUAAAGGGUGAAGCCAUGGAUGAGACAGCAAUGGCUCCAGCGUCACCCGGUACUGUGGAUGGCGCCUUGCGAAUUGGAUUCAAAGCCAUUAUCUUUGCAUUUUGUGGCAAUCACCAAGCAAAUGCGGAUGAACACAUCGACCAUAUUCAAGCUGCCGCAAGUCAAGUUGCAGGGAACGGAAUUUGCUUUUGGUUCGAGGUCUAUACUGCCAUCUCUUGUUUGCAUUGCGCCCGAUCUGCUCCUGGGCGGCAUUUUCAAAAGUACAAACGAUUUGGACAGCAAACGAGCAAAAGGGUGAAGAAGUGGAUUGCCCAAGGUUGUGCGAACCUGAAGCAGCUGGACCUCCUUUUGGACGCAGAGCUAGCUGUGUUGGCUGGCAACGACAAGAAAGCCCGUCAAUCCUACAAGAAAUCCAUUCGGACCGCAGAGAAGAUGCUCCGAGUGAACGAUGCUGGACUGGCAUCUGAACGAUAUGGAGAGUAUCUCCUGGAACGCGGCAACAAGGAGGGCGCCCGAGGCGCCUUGACCCACGCCGUCGAGUUCUAUUCGCUGUGGGGAUCCGAUUUGAAGGUCGAGUCCAUCCGAUCCAAGCACGAAGGACUGCUGCUACCUUUGAAUGUCGAAGGCGGGGAGGUGCUUCGGGUGUAG